AUGUAGAAUCAACUAAGUGAAACUAUUCAUUGGAAUGAGGAUGGAGAUGCUAUUCUUAUUAAUGAUAUUGAAGAAUUGGUGAAAUCAGUAUUGAGCGUUCACUACAAAUAAUCAAAUUUUCUCAGCUUCUCAAGAUAAUUGAACCAAUAUGGAUUUCAGAAAUAAAGGAUCGGGAAAAAAACCUAUAUAUUUAAACAUCCUUACUUCCAAAAAACCAAGAAGGAAAAUCUCAUUAAUAUUGUGAGUUCUCAUAAAAUAAAGUCCUUUAAAAUUUAACAAUAAGAAGGCGAUGAUGAUAAUUUAGUUAACAUAAAUGAGUAAAGUUCUUUGGCAACAACCAUAAAAAAAUUGUAAAACUAAUAGAAGAUUAUUUGUUAACAAUUUUCAGAAUAAAUUGAAUUAUAAUCUCAAAUUAAAUAGAUCAUUAUAUUCCUUAAAAAGAAAAUAUAUGAGUGCGAUCAAACAAUCGAUAAUUAUUGUUUCAUUGGUUAAUUGCAUUUGGUAAAAGCUAUGAAUUUGAUUCCAAAUGAUGAAGAACACUAAUAAGAAAUAGAAUUUAUCAAAUAAAUUUUAGAACAGUUUUCAAAUAUUUAUAUGGAAUACAUUGAUUAAAGUUAAGUUAGUUAAAGAAGCUACAAUCUGUCAGUAAGAUCUUGUACACCUCUUCCAUUUUAUCAAUAUGAGUAAUCACAACAAUAGAAGCCACCUGCUGGACUAAUUGACCAAAAAAAUACAUAAUUAAAACAAAAUAUAGCCAACUAUUUGAUAUGGUUGUAAUAGUGGUAUUAAGAAGCAUUAUAACUAUAUGGAAAUUUAAAAUGA